AUGAAGAGUCAUCUCAUCGUGAGGGGUCGGAUGGUGGAAGCGAGAGCUCAGAAAGUUGGGAAGGUGUCCAUGACAAGUUCAGGAAGAGCAAGGCAAAAGUUUGAACAGCUUCUUCAGACAGCAACUUACAGGAGAAGCAGUGUUACUUAUGAUCAACCAAAUAAACAAAUUAAAACAAAGGGAAAGAAAAAGACAGAACAAACAGUCAUAGAUAAUGUGACAGAGGAUGACAUUGAACUUGGUGGUUCGUGGGAGUCGAUGGCAAUACAACAGCAGAAAACACAAGGCAGAAGAGGAACUGCAUAUCCUCGUCUAGAAUCUCCAUUGAAUAUGGAGAACAUAGGAGGAAAGGCUUUGCUUAAGGCUGCUAUGAGACUACCCACACCAACCAAUGAGAAUGAAGGAUUUCUCGGAGCCACCGAUUCUUUCUGGAACCUUCCACCAGAUAGUUCGCCGUCUCCUGAUCCACGAAGAAGGGACUCAGAUGUUUCAACUUCUGAAAAUAAACUUGGUGGAUCAAGUUCUGGAAUGAUGUUGACUAAGUUAUCGGGCCGAAGAAUGAGUCGGAAAGGAUCCCAAGAUUCUGUUGGUUCGACUGCUACUGUUGCUACUACAGUGAUGAAAAAACGACGUCCCGCUGUUGCCGCUCCACCGAGAAAAACCAAAGUGACAACAUUGACGUUUAGUUUAUCCGGUGAUGGACCGAGUGAACAAUCUUCACAAGUUCAGAAAGUGGAGAAACCAAAAAAGAAAGAAACAAAACGACCUGCUUUGGCAUUUCGUGCGAAUAAGAAAAAAAUUGUUUUAAAAACCAUUGAUAAAUUACCAAGCAUCGUGCCUAAAAAUGGAAGAAUAUUUUCAAUGGAAAAAGACCAUGAUUACCGCAGUAAACCUGAGAAUAACAGGAUGAUUCUGGCACUGCAGAGCGAGCAUGUCGCAUCCAAUCCAUUCCGUCAGUUCCUAAACACCACGGACAAUAUUGAGAUGGUUCAUUACUUGAAGUUCUGGCAGGAUGUUGAAGUGGCAAGAUGGGAUUAUAAGUUUGGGAUUAUGACAUUCAUUAUUUUCCUGGAUUGUGUCCGAUCAGUGGUCACCAAGUACUUGCUCCCAAACUCCCCGUAUCGCAUCGAAUCUCCAGAAAAUCUUCGCAAAUCCAUCAUCACAGAGGUAAUGUCACCCGAGAUGACUGAGAUGCCGUGGCAGUUGUACAAAUUACAGAUGGAAGUUCUGGAAGAUCUUAAAUACAGCUAUGAAGCUUAUUGUCAGCAGGAAAUGCAAUCCUUCUACAAUGCAGCUGCAUUUAGAAUGGAUGAAGCAAACCAUGAAGUUUCCAAUUCAUUUGGUGGAUUCUCCAACACUUUAUCAUUGAUGAGUCGACAAACAGUCCCCAUCAGUACUCCUCUUGCUCCGAGAUUACCAAAUCAUCUCCCAUCCUUGGAUGCUAAUGAAGAGAAGGAGCAGGAGCGCAUGACAGCAGAGAUGUUGCGUCGGAUGGUGAGAGCACAAAGACUCUUUACUGAGGUUAACCUUCCAGAUGGUCGAACUUAUCAAGUUACCCAAGAUGAGAAUGAGUUGUCAGAGGAUAGUGAUGCAGAUGGGAGGAUUGUGUCCCCACCACCUCCUAAAGUUGUGCUGGAACCUAAAGUUGACAUGAAACUUCUCGCAUCAAAAUCCAUUCGUCAAUACCCGGACCCCAACAAUCUUUUGUCUUCGCGAAGAAGUGUGAAAGUCGUUGAACGACAUCAAAACACGUCAGGACUUUACAAACCAAUUAAGCGUGGCGGACAUUUCAUACGUCGACCCCUUGUCAGACCUGCAAAUUUUAACGAAGUUCUUCGAGAUCCUACCCAUCUUGAGUUUUUCAAGCGAUAUUUAAAAUCCUAUCGCUCGGAUCAACCAAUCCUGUUUUGGGUUGCCGUAGAAACGAUGAGAAACACAGAAAAUACAAAAGAACGACAAAACAAAGCUCGGCUUAUUGUUAAAAGAUAUUUUCACAACACUAAAAUACAAGCUGUGAAACUACUGCAAUGCAAUGCUGAUAUUAUCAGAGAAAUCCCCUACCUGGACGUAGUAACCACUUCUAUGUUGUUUUCUGCACAAAAUGUGAUCAGCAAAGCUCUGGAGAACCGAUGGUUUCAUAAAUACGCUGAUACUUUCCUAGAUUCUAUCUUUAGCAAUCCAGUUCAUGAUGUUGCGAGUGUGUGCAAUAAAACUACCAAACUGAAACGUGGACAUUUGACUAGAGCUUGGGUGAUUUUCAACUCGUUCAUCAAGCGAGCAGCGAUGUUCAUGCGUCAUAUACGAGAGGAAAGAUUCUUUAAUUUAUUUUAUUCUUUCCUUGAACGAGAGGUUGAUAAAGAAGAUGUGGUUCGCCCUGUGUAUGAUAGCAUGCAGUCUGAUAUUGUUGCAAAGCGAAGCAUCAACACGAUGCCAUUGAUUGAUCUUUCAAGGAACGAAGAACCAGAGAAGGAAAAGAAAAGUUUUAAACAACGAAUAAUUAAUGGACAACUUGUUACUUUUAACUUGCUACCUAAUGACUUAAAAUUUUGGAGAGAAAUGCAAUGUUACAAGUCACUUGCUGAUUGUUCUUCUGCAAUGAAAAGCAUUGGAAAAGAGAGAGAAGAAGAUAAGAAACAUUUGAAGCAGAAGGCAUCUCUUAUUAUUCAUUGUUACCUUGAUUCUAACAUUGCCCCUUCUGUUCGGGUGAACGUUCCACAAGAAGUUGCAGAAAUAACGUGCGAGUCGUUACAAAACGGAUUAAUCGACCGCGGUCUCUUCCAUGAGGCAACAAUAUACAUAUUUCCACUUUUGCUUGUUUUCUGGAAAAAGUAGGUGAUGGUCUGAUAGGUAAUAUUCCUGGAAGAAAGUUAAGUUCUACCUUUGAUCUUUAAUGUCUUAUUUAUAAAAAGUCUAAUGCUAUGGUUUGGGGGCUUGCAUAGUAAACAACAGAAAGCAGAUAUUAUGCUCAACACUAAU